AUGCUGUACAAUAUGCUUGGGUAUGAGGGGGCAAAACUGUUCUGGCUGUAUACAAUGGCGACUGAUUGUAAACAGUUUAUGCUCCAGGAGAAUGGCCUCAUUUACGAGCAGAAACACGAGGGUUGGUACUCAAUCACUGAUGAGUGCUUCUAUCCACAGUCAGGUGUACAACCUUGGAUCGAACCAUCGACAGGAAGAAAGAUUAUGACAUCCAUUGAGACUGGUAGCGAAGUAGAGUGGUCCUCGGAAGAGAACUACCACUUUCGCCUCUCACUUUUCCGCGAACGGCUGCUCGAAUUCUACAAAGCGAACCCUGAAUGGAUAGUUCCUGAGCAUCGCAUGAAGGACGUCGUGCGGGCCGUGGAGUCCGGCCUCGAAGAUCUGUCGAUCUCUCGCCCUUACGAUCGACUUACAUGGGGUAUCCGAGUCCCAGAAGACGAGUCCCAGACUAUCUAUGUUUGGCUCGAUGCCCUUAUGAACUACGCGACGAAGGCGGGCUACCCUUUCACGCCCGGCAAGGAGCAGGAAGGAGGCUGGCCGGCGGAUUGUCAUGUUAUUGGCAAGGAUAUCGUUCGCUUCCAUUGCAUCUACUGGCCGGCAUUUCUCAUGGCACUUGGUCUCCCGCUUCCAAAGAAGAUUUUAACCCAUGGUCAUUGGACCCUUGGAGGCGCAAAGAUGUCAAAAUCAACUGGUAGGGUGGUGGAUCCGUUCCAUGCUUUGGAUCGAUACGGGUCGGAUGUAAUGCGAUUUUACAUGGCUCAUAACGGUGGCAUCCAAGACGACUCCAGCUAUGAUAAUUCCCACAUCAUUAGUUUGUAUAACAAGUUUCUGAAUGGGCAGCUUGGCAAUCUUGCGUCACGCGUUAUCAGGGGCAAGAAGUGGAGUGUCCGCGGCGCAGUCGAGCGCGUUGGCAGUGCACCGGCGGAAUACUGGACCGAAGGGCCUGGUUCACAGUUUUGGAGUAAUUCUUUGAAUACCGUCGCCUCAAAGGUCGAUGGCCAAUUUGACGAGUACGACCCUCGAAAGGCGUUGCAUCAGAUCACCGAGUUUGUGCGAGGAGCGAAUGCUUUCUUCCAAGAUUCGAAGCCGUGGGACAAUAUACUCGAAUUUGCUCCUGGUGAGCCCGGUGAAGCUGUUGAUCGUACCAUAUACCUCGCAGCCGAGGCCUUGCGCAUGACAGGUAUCCUUCUUCAGCCUUAUAUGCCGAAGAAAGCAGAGAUGCUACUUAACCAGAUUGGCUCUAAGCUCGAGGGUGUACUCUUCCCUCCUCUAGCGAUGAUGGCUUUCAAUUGGGAUAAGCUUUCGAAAGCCCAGCGCGACUACCCUAAGCCCAAGUUUGCGCUCUCUUACAUCGAUAAAUUGUUGAAGAAGAAUCCUGGCAACCCAUAUCUGGCGGCAAUAGUGAAGUACAGAGUGGAAGGAGCAUCGUCGGACAAGUUGACCUACUACACACAAAUUUUUGCUCAGCAGAUGUCCGCCGAACAGAAGAUUCAGACAAGUCAGAUAACAGGUGUUGCAGACAGAAUGGCUGAGAUCCAGCUGGGUGUAGCCUUGAAGCAAAUGAAAGACGCGUAUGAGAGAUCCGAGAGCGACCCGAUCAGUGUGAAGGACAUCCGAGACCUUCGUUUCAUGGCCAAGAUGUUUGCGCGUCAGGGGAAAUGCGCUGAACUCUUGGAACUUUGGCAAUCACCACCUGCCCACUUGGUCCCUAUCAUGGAGAAGCAUGCUCUCGACAUCUCGUUGCUCACGGUCGACAUUCUCGCAAGCGCACAGCAGUACAAGCUACUCGAGAAGCACAUUCUUGAUCUCAUCGAAAGCGCAACUUCAGCUAUGAGCGAAGGUAACUCUGUACCAUUACGACAGUUGUGUUCAUCAAGAGCGAACAUCUGGACUCACUUGAUUGAUGCAUCUAGAGAGUUGUACCCAUCCGAUGAGUCCAGACAAAAAGUUUCAUCGGUUAAGGACCGCGUCUUCGGUUUCGACACAUUGACACUGGACCGACCCUUACGCCUUGUCCGCUUGAUCUUGCGCAAUUAUCUUGACGAAAGCACGUUAGAUGAUUGCAAAGAUUUCUGGAAGCAAUUCUCUAGGAUACCUGGAUGCUUCACAGACAUACGUCGUGCUGUGGAGAAGAUGAGUGACGAAGAGCGGAUAGAUUUCCUCUCCUACAUUGAAGAAGAUAUAAUCGCCACAAAACCAAGCGACCAGGACCCUAAGUCUAAGCUCGAAGACUGGGCACGGGCUGAGAUCUGCGUUCUGAAGUUCACCUCCAAAGAGACAUUGGAGUUGCUGAUCGAAAGGGCGUCAAAGAUUAGCCAAACGUUGCCGAAAGACCCUGAUCCGAUCAUGAUAAUUGCUUACUGUUUGACAAACAUAAGCCGCCAAGACGCCGAAUUGAGCAGUACUUCAAGUGGUACUUCUCGAAGUCUCAUGCAGGCUACGAUGCUCGUACGCGCUGCUGUGGAGCGGGACACCGAGAAAGAGAACCGUCCACUUGCGCUACUGGCUUCUCGCCUGCAUCUCAAUCUUGGACUGGGAAGAGUUGCUUUUCAACUGUGGAAACAUGUUAAAGUCAAAGAGAUGCUCGUGGACACUCUAUCUCCGUACCUCUUGUCACACAUAGCUCUUACACAACCGUUCGAUGUCAAGCAUCAUCAAGGUUUCUCUGCAGACAAGGAGCUGAAACAUGUCGUCGACACCAUCAACAGGAUGAGUAAAAUUCAGGAAGGUUUGAUCUACAGAGAUAUAAAGCGCUUCCAUUGGGAUUCAGCAUUUGAUCUCAUUUCGAUGAACGCCAAAUUAACGUCUUCCUUGACAAGACGUACCUCCAUCCUCGAACGCCGCCGCAUUGCUCGCAUCAAGGGAGAACCAGCGGGCGAUCUUCCAGACGUCGAUUACAGAAGUACUCAGUCCCCAUCUGACAACAUCGACCGGGCCGUUUUCCCUGCCUAUGAACACUCGGAUGUGCACCGACCUUACUCAAUUCUCGUGCCUGCCGGUAUCCCAUCAGCAGACGACAUCAUCACGCAAGGCCACGACCGCGAAUCUGUCAGCAAGAUCCUCUACCGCGACGGCCUGCCGAUCAACUGGACACCAGCGAGCACACCAGAGCGUACCAACGGCGGAACCGCAGAAGAGCACCAUAUCAACAAGAACUUUUGGCACCCGAUCUCCACCCUCCUCUACUCAGCACUCAACCCCGAGACCAAAGUCGAUGCCGCGCACUUCACCACACUCACCACCAGCCUCAAACAGCUGCGCCUGGACCAAGAAAGCAUAAUCGCCACCACAUCACCCAGUAAAGACCCCAUCGACGAGCCCCCCAUGAUCAGCGAAACCAUGCUCAUCGCAACCUACUCCGCGCUCGAAGUCUUGCGCGCCCUGCCCCGCCUGGCAAACGAGAUCAAAGAGCGCGUCGUGCAGUCCAAAGCCCCGCACCCGAUGAAGUCGCAGGUGCCCAAGGACUGGGCGAAGCAGAUCGACGCCGACACCAAAGGCGCGUUUGACGCAAUUGGCAAGGUGGCGAAUGGCUACAUUGGACUGCUGCAGAAGAGGGGCGCGGCGGCGUUCAAGGCACAGGUCCGGUGGGGAAAGACGGGGGCUGCGUUGAAGCCGCUGAUCAGCGAUGACGAUGUCGAGUACUAUGCAAAAGAGUAUGUGGAUGCGGCGGUUGAGGCCUGGAAGGGUGUGUUGCAGGUGAAGCUGAAGUAG